UGCGGGUGCCGCCAGAUGAACAAAUCGGAUCCGGAAAACAGCGGUGGAUCCGAUGGGCCAUGCACGCUCGAGUAGCCAUCUCUUUCUUCCAUCCAUUUGAAAACUGGUUUAACCGAUUCCUGUUACUUUAAACCGCGGGUGCCAACUUCCUUAUCCUGCCCCCCUCUCCAACUUCUCAUUCUCUUCUGUAAAAACCCUUUCUCCUUUGGCCUGAAACCAAAAGACAAAAAAGUCCAUAUGGAGAGGCUUAUCUUUCGAUCUCCUUCUUCUCCUAUUCUCCCUUCCAAAACCCUUCCAAAACCUCCUCACCAUGUCCUUCUCCCUCGAUUCGACUCCCGGAAGCUCGGCUUCCCUCCUCCCGUCGGGUUGUUUCUCUCCAAACAGGAAGAACCACCUUCCCUUUCUUCCAACUUUCGUCGAUUCUGUAUUCGCUGCUCGAAAAGAUCCGAUCUUUCCCAAGACGGUUUGUCGGGCUGGUCGCUGCCGGCAUACACUUUGGGCAAAGUGCGAGCUCGGAGGGAUUCGGAGCUGGAGCCUUUCUUUCGAAAGGCUGCCCUUCCUGCUGGUGUGGUUAUAUUGCUGUCUGCACUAAUUGGGUUUUUAAUCCAGCCGAUUCUGGCUCCUUCAGCCAUUGCUACAGUACAAACUGCUGCCAGGACUGGUGGUUCUGCUGCUGCAGAAGUUGGUGGAAGGCUUGUUCGGAGUGAGUUAUUCAGCAGUGCUUGGACAGGCUUCUUCGCUGGUUGUUUACAUACAUUAUCAGGUCCCGAUCACCUCGCUGCCUUAGCCCCUCUCUCCAUUGGCCGUACUAGGCUGGAGAGUGCUGCCGUUGGAGCCCUUUGGGGUUGCGGUCAUGAUGCAGGGCAGGUUAUAUUUGGAUUGUUGUUUCUACUUCUAAAGGAUCGUCUGCACAUUGAGGUCAUCCGCACAUGGGGCACAAGAGUCGUGGGUCUGACUCUGCUCAUUAUAGGCGGUAUGGGAAUCCGGGAGGCGUCAGAGGUCCCUACCCCAUGCGUCGCUCUGGAGAAUGGGGAGUGCGACGUCAGCAUUGAUGAAUCUCUCGAGACACCUCCUGGUGGAAAGAAAAAGAUUGGGUUUGCGACUUUUGCGACUGGGAUCGUCCAUGGGCUGCAACCAGAUGCACUGAUGAUGGUGUUGCCUGCUCUGGCACUGCCUUCACGCUUGGCUGGCGCUGCUUUUCUAGGUAUGUUUUUACUCGGGACUGUGUUUGCAAUGGGAAGUUAUACUGUCUUCAUAGGUUCAUGUAGUCAGGCACUGAAGGAAAGGAUUCCUAGGAUAACAGAGAAGCUGACUUGGGCUUCUUCCCUUGUAGCGAUAGCUCUUGGUGUAGCCAUUCUUAUCAGCCAGGCUUUUGGUUUUAGCCUGUAUUGAUCUGACACUCAGUUUCCAUUUUUGGGUUCCAUUGUAGUUUUAGAAAGAGAAAAGGGAACAUCUUGAAAGAAUGAUGAGUUUGUGCAGAACUCGUCAUUGUGAGAAGUAGAUUUGAGUCCCCAGUCAAUAGGCAGAGGGAGCUUGUUCUGUUAUUGUCUUUCAUCAUCUGCCAAUGUUCGUAGAUUGAUGUAAAAGGGGAGGCUACUGUUUGAUGGUUAGGCUUUGUUUGCUGUCCAUUGAGAGCUUUUUUCUCCAACAUUCCGGACAGAUGUGCAAAGCAUUUCAUGCAUGUUCUAUUCCCAUUUUUAUUAGUAUUGUUGAAUCUUUUGUUCA